GAGAGCUCCCCUCGUCACAUCCCUGCAUAGAGCACCCAGUUUCCUCUACUGGGUGUUCUCAGCCAUCGCCUGUGCCUUUAAGAGCUGCCACCCUGUGUCAGGGACUUGACCUCAGCAUCCUCAGCUGAGUUGGAUUAAGGGACCAUUUCAUGCCUUUGUGAAUUUCUUCUGGCUGCUGUCCCUUCCCCUACACAGAGACAGAGUAGCCCGUAGGCUGAACCACUUUACCAAAGACAGCCCAAGAGCUGGUCUAGCCUGGCAGCCUUUUCCCUCCGGUAGUAGAAGCUGCCCCUUUGAUUGGGGGUUUGUGGUCAGAGAGUGGGCCCUUGGGGGUCUUGGACUAUCACAGGAACUCUAGAAAGCCAUGCAGAGCCUCGGGCCAUGAAGGACUACUCAGAUGUCAUCCUCUAUGUGGAGGCAACAGAGUCGAGCAAGAUCGAGUUCUGCAAUCCUGCCUUCGAGCCUGAGUCUGGACCACCCUGCCCUCCCCCAGCCUUCCCAGAGGAUGCCAGAUACAGCGUCCCAGCUCCCUGGCACGGUCGGCGCCCUCGAGGGCUGCAGCCAGACUGCCGCUUCUCCUGGCUCUGCGUGCUCCUGCUCGCUAGCUUGCUGCUCCUGCUGCUGGGGCUGCUGGUGGCCAUCAUCCUGGCCCAGCUGCAGGCUGCACCCCAAUCCGGGACCUCCCAUAGCACACUGCCUGCCGGAGGCCUUACCACCACCAUCCCCACCAUCACGAACUCCCAGGCAGCUGGGACCCCUAAAGGACAGCAGGAGGCAGGCGUGAGCCCCUCCCCACAGUCCACCUGUGGAGGCCUCCUCUCUGGCCCAAGGGGCUUCUUCAGCAGCCCUAACUACCCAGACCCUUACCCCCCCAACGCCCACUGCGUGUGGCAUAUCCAGGUAGCCACAGAUCAUGCAAUCCAGCUCAAGAUCGAAGCCCUCAGCAUAGAAAGUGUGGCCUCUUGCCGUUUUGAUCGCUUGGAAAUCUCCCCUGAGCGUGAAAGCCCCCUCCUCAGGGUUUGUGGGAGGGUGCCUCCCCCCACGCUCAACACCAAUGCCAGCCACCUCCAGGUGGCCUUCAUCUCUGACAGCAGUGUGGAAGGAUUUGGUUUCCAUGCCUGGUACCAGGCUGUGGCCCCGGGGCAUGGGAGCUGUGCCCAUGAUGAGUUCCACUGUGACCAGCUCAUCUGCCUGCUGCCUGACUCAGUGUGUGAUGGUUUUGCCAAUUGCGCCGACAGCAGUGAUGAAACCAAUUGCAGUGCCAAGUUCUUGGGGUGUGGGGGGAAUCUGACUGGGCUCCAGGGCACUUUCUCCACUCCUAGCUACCUGCAGCAGUACCCUCACCGGCAGCUCUGCACCUGGCAUAUCUCGGUGCCUGCCGGACACGGCAUAGAGCUACAGUUCCACAACUUCAGCCUGGAGGCCCAGGAUGAGUGCAAGUUUGACUACGUGGAGGUGUAUGAGAUCAGCAGCUCAGGGGCCUUCAGCCUCCUGG